AUGGAGUCAUCAAAGCAUUUGGCCAUGUCGAGCAAUUCGCCUGGAUUGGAGCAGGUUUCCCGCUGGACUCCGUGUGCAUCAUUCUCUUGCUCGGUACCCUUUUUCAACGCCUUCAACAUGAAAUGGAUCUAUAUUGCCACGGUGGUACUCUUUGAGGUCGGCUCGGCUGUUUGCGGCGCUGCUCCGAACAUGAACGCUCUGAUUUUUGCCGUCAUGACCGUGGAGAAGGAACGUGGUCUUUACAUGUCCCUCAUCGCUGUGUUCUGGGCCCUCGGAGCUGUUUUGGGACGGCGCGCAUUCCCGGGUCAUCUGCUGUGGGAUCGUGCACAGGUGCUCCUAUACGUGGUGACAGCAGCUGGCACUACGUCUCUUUUCGUCACCUCCUACUACCUCCACAUCUACUUCCAGUUUGUGAAUAAUGACGAAGCCCUCAUGGUGGCCGUGCGCCUGCUCCCCUUCGUCAUCAUCGCCGUCACGGUGAACCUUGUCUCAGGAACCUUCCUCCACUUCAUCAAGAUUUACAAGAUCAUCUACAUCAUCGCCAGCGUCUUCUUGUUAGUUGGUGGCGGCCCGUUGGUGGUCUAUUUGGGCCCCAGUUCGACAACAGGCACUAUCUAUGGCUUGACGAUCCUCGCUACUGUUGGCACUGGUCUGUCCAUAGUGACCGGCUAUACAGUCGCCACGCUGACCACAAACCCCAAGGAUGCGGGCGCUGCACUCAACAUGCAAAAUGUUUCUCAGAUCGGUGGACAGGUCAUUGCGCUGGCCGUCGCGGGGCAAAUCUAUCAGUCAGAAGCCUUCAACAACCUGUCAGCAGUCCUAGCCGGUAAUGGCUUCUCGCAUGAAGAGAUUUCGGGCGCGGUGGCUGGUGCGCAGAGCACCUUGUUUGAGACGUUGGAUGGCGCGCUGCGGGACAAAGUAGGUAUGGCCGUUACGCAGGCAAUGCAGAUGACCUUUGUGCCGACCCCUGUUUCCGGAGGCAUCAUGUUCAUCGCUGCGUUGUGUAUGAAGUGGGAGAAACUCUUGGGGCAGGCUGUUGCUGUCGAUGGUUAGAAGAGCAUAGGUAGGUAGCAGUAUGUACUAGAGAAUCGGCAAUGCUAUAGGGGUGUUAAGUUUAGGACCACCUUUUCGGACCACGACCCACUACUUAGAAGAUCAUAGAAAUAUC